AAUGAACACAUAAAAACGGUGCGCUACAGUUGUGCAUCUCUAUAUCCGGCAAAAAUCCAAAACAUAAAACGUGAUGCAUCAAAACAACAGCAAAAAUGGAAUACAAAUAGAAGAAAUAUACACUGACGCAGUAAAAUUAGUACACUGUCUGUGUGUGGCCAUUCCAUUUCCAUUUCCAUUUCCAAUUCCAUUCUCUCUGAAUCUCACAACAAACAAUGGUUACUCGACGACGAUUAGUAGCAACAACAAGUGACGACGACGAAGACAACGCACCACCGCCGACUACUUCCUACCUCGAAGACAAAAGGAAGAUGAAGCUCCAAGAAGAAGAAAAAAUGAAGCCGAGUGACGAGGCUGAGAAGGAGGAAGAAGAGGAACAGUCCAGCGAAGAAGAAGAAGAAGAGGAAGAGGAAGAAUCUCCAGUUGAAGACGCUAAACCCAUUGGUGAACCCGUUAGGUUUUCUGGAAAAGGAAGAGGCAGAAAAAAUCAUUUUCAGUCCUUUGACUUCGAUGGAGACCAAUACUCACUCGAGGACCCUGUGCUUCUUGUGCCCGAGGUUAAAGAUCAAAAGCCGUAUGUCGCAAUUAUCAAGGACAUCACACAAUCCAUAAAUGGAAAUGGAAGCUUGAUGAUCACAGGGCAGUGGUUCUACCGUCCAGAUGAAGCAGAAAAAAAGGGAGGUGGUAGCUGGCAAUCCGUUGACACCAGAGAGCUGUUUUAUAGUUUCCACCGAGAUGAGGUUCCUGCAGAAUCUGUUAUGCAUAAGUGUGUGGUGCAUUUUGUCCCCAUACACAAACAGCUUCCAAAUCGUAAGGUACAUCCCGGGUUCAUAGUGCAGAAGGUGUAUGACACAGAUGAAUUGAAACUGUGGAAAUUAACUGAUAAGGACUAUCAAGACAAUAAUCAACAAGAAAUUGAUGAGCUUGUUCAGAAAACUCGUCAACGGUUGGGUGAACUACCUGACAUCAAGACUGAUGAAGCUGCUGCUGAUCAGGAAGAUCUUAUUAGAAAUAGAAGAAACUUUAAGAAGGGUAUUUCAGCUAUUGAUGUUUCAAGGGAGGAUGAAACAUCUCGAAAGAGUCUCCACUCUCUGAAACCUGGAACACCAGGGAGUUGUCCAGUUAUUACCACAGAGCCUCAGCGCAUAUUAGUGAAUUUUAAUGCGUUAACAGGAGAUAGCCAUCGUGACAAGGGUUUGGCGAUGUUGCUUCAAAAUGUUCAAUACUUGUUUGACACUGAUGAGAGCAAAAAGAAAGAAAACAAAUGCGGUGACCGCUCUGAUGCUAUUAACAAUGAAGGCAAUGACAAAAGUGUAGGAAUAGCAAAUGAAUCUAAAGACAAAGUUCCGAAGAAUUGCAAGUCUUUUGUCUGGCCAGAUGUUGCUGUUCCAGCUGUAGUAGCUCUGGAGAAGGCUCUAUACCAUACAUUUUCAUCAGAUUAUCAAAAGUACACCCAAAAGUUACGACAGCUAGUCUUUAAUCUCAAGAACAAUGCAUUUCUGUUACGCCGUUUAUUAAAUGGAGAGCUAGAACCUUCAAAAAUAUUGAAUAUGACACCUACUGAAUUGAAGGAGGGUUUGACUGCUGAGGAAAUAUCCAAGGAUGAGCCCGAUGAGCCACAACACAUGCAGAUGACAGAUGCUCGCUGCAAAAUUUGCGAUGAGCAAAAAGUUGGCGUGAGGGAUAUUAUCCGUGCAGGAUAUGCUGACCGAUAUAUGCUGGAAUGCAUAGCUUGUGGUCAUUCCUGGUCUGCCUCUCGUGAUGCGGUGUCUGUGCUAACCUUAGAUGCAUCAGACUCAAAAAGAAAUGUAGGCACAGCCCCAUGGGCAACUGCGAAAUUUGAUGUUGGGAAGAAGCUGGCGAGUCCCCGUGAAUCUGACAAGACCAAUGACAUCUUUAUGCCGCCUGUUUCCAGGAAAGAUGAAAACAUCGAAGUUUCAAGACGUGCUGACUAGGAGGAGUAUUCUAUCUUUUGGAUAUCACUUUUGUUUGGAAUGAUAGUACCAGUAGGUUGUGUAUAGUUAUCUUUUGGUUUGGACAACUUUUGGAUAUCACUUUUGUUUGGAAUGAUAGUACUAGUUGCAAAAUUCCGUGUAGUUCGUUAUCUUCUAGUUUGGAUAACUUUUCGGUGGAUACUAGUUUUGACAACAAAUGGAUGUUGACUUGACAAGGAUAUAUAUACAUUUGGAACUCUAAACGGGGAAUGGAUUUUCUCCGGUGUAAA